AUGCAGUAUAUUCCACUUCCGGACGUGCUGAAGAAGAUAUCGGGCUUCAUCCAGGAGCAGAAUGAGAAGAUCUAUGCUCCGAGAGGCCUGCUCCUCACAGACCCCAUAGAGAGAGGAAUGCGUGUUCUGGAGAUCAGUGUGUACGAGGACCACGGCUGCAGCAGCUCCAGUCCCAGCAGCAGCAGCAUGUCUUCAGCCUGCAGUACCGCUCGGUGA